AAUAAUCAACAUGCAAAAGUUUUAAUCAAGUUAUUACAGGAAACAGAAAAUAAACACUGUGCUGACUGUAAGAAAAGAGAUCCUCGUUGGGCAUCUUGGAAUCUAGGGAUCUUUAUCUGUAUUCGUUGUUCUGGUGCCCAUCGAUCUUUAGGAACACAUAUUAGUAAAGUAAAAUCGGUUGACCUUGAUACUUGGACACCAGAACAAGUAGAGAAUAUGAUCAAAUGGGGAAACAAAAGAGCUAAUAAGUAUUGGGAAGCUAAUUUAAAUGAUAAAGAGCCCACAGAUUAUAAUCUAGAACCAUGGAUUAGGUUAAAAUACGAACAAAAGAAAUGGGUUUUUCAUAGUUCACUUCCAAGC